AUGCCGCGCUGCCAGCGGGCUGGGAAUGCGCCCUCGACCAUGCGACAGGGCAUUGGUACUAUUACAACCGUUCAACAGGAGCUACAUCUUGGGUAUUUCCACAACCCACCCGCGGCGCCAGGGCAUGCACACGCAGCAGCACCGAAUACAGCAGCAACAGCAGCACGAGUUGCCCCAGUGGCCGUUGCCGCCGCUGGCAGCUCCAUCACCUCCACCCCACCAUUAGAAACACAGCUGCCAUCUAAAUCAGAGGUAUCUGCACUCGAUACCGCACCUGCGCAACCCCGCCUGGGAGGGGGUCCGUCAGCCGCGGGCCAGGCAAGCAGCACCGGCACUGGCAGCGGGUGGUACUACAGGGACCGCGGCGGUGCCCUUCACGGCCCCUUCCACCGGGACCACCUCCGCGCCUGGAGGGCCUUCCUGCCCAUGGACCUCAUCGUCUGGUACGUCGACAUACACCACCACAACAACAACAACAACCACAACCACCACCACCGGAAGACACCAACAUUGCCACCACAGCUACACCAUCCACAGAAACAGCCGCUGCAGCCACCGCAGCAGAAAGAGCAGCAGCAGCAGGAGGAGGAGCAGGGCCAAGCACAGCAGCAGAUGCAGCAGCAGCGGCAGGACGAGGACGAGAAGGAGAAAGUGGAGGAGAAGGGCGAGCCGAGGGUAGCGGCAGAGAGGCCGUGCGGCAGCGAUGGCGACGAUAGCCUCAUGGAGGGCGGGAAAAAGGGAGGAAAGGGAGGAGGUAGCGGCGAUGGCGUCGGAUCCGUGGCUAACGAAACAGCCGCCAUUGAGCCACCGGCGAAGCGGGCAAAGCACUCCGAGCCCGCCUCCGAAACCACCAAGCCCCUAUCAAAUGGGGCCGUCAGGGCCGAAGAUAUUUCACUACCACCGGUGCCGCGAUCAUCAUCUCCCUCGUCUCUCGGUAUUGAGGUUCCCGCCUUCACUUCUGCUGCCGACCCCGCUGAAGCUGGAGCUAGUGCUUCCGCCGCAGAGCAAGAGGGAGGUAAUGAGGAGGAGGAAGAAGAUAAGGAGGAGCAGGGGGCCGGACCCACGGGUCGGUCCGCGGUCGCCGACGCCGGCAGCGGCAGCGUCGGGCCCGCCUCCGUGGCAGAGGCCAUCGCCUGCGGGUUACCGGGUAUCGAGCUGGCGGAGCUCUUGGGCGACGGCCCGUUGCUGGCGGACUGGCGGCGGCGCUUUCCCGGCGACCGACCGCUGGGUACGGCGCCGCCAGCGUCGGUGCAUGACCAGUGGCUCCGUGCCGCCGCCGCCGCCGCGGCUGCGGCUCACCAUGCUUACGGGGCACAGCACGCGCAGUACUAUUAUCAGAGCGGGCAACAGCAUUACGCGGUCGCGGCUGCUACUGCCGGAGGCAGCAGCGCCGAGGAUGGUGGCGCCGUCGCCAGCCGGCCCCGCAGCCGGGAGGAAUCCAUGCUGGAGUACGCGGAGGCGGUCUUGGCGGGGCUGCCGCCAGAUGACGAGGCUGUCGUACUGGCGCGUCAGGCAGCGGCGGCGGGCAAGAGUCUGGCGGAGGUGGUGAAAUUCAGUUGGGGUGCUGCUGCGUCAACGUCGGCAUCAGCGGCGACGGCGGCCGCACAGCAACACCACGAUGACCUGUACGGCACGGCGGCGGCGGUAAAUCCGCCGCCGCCUGUGGAUGAACACGGCGUGCCGACGGAGUACGUGCGCGAUCCGCGGUCGGGGCGGCUAACGGCGGUGGGUCGCGACCCGGCGUCCGCGCCGCAGAGCGCCGCCAGGGCGUUGUACGGCGAGUACGGCGGAUGGGUAAAUCCAGAUCAGAUCGAGGAUUAUUUAGCCAUGGCCAAGCGCUGGAGGCAGGAGAAAUUGCCGACUCUGUGGGCGCGAAAGAAGCUCAAGGAGCAGAGGGAGGCUAAGGCAAAGAAGGCGGCGAAGGCGUUGGGUGGUUUGUGA